UCACUCUUGACAAUAUAGACUUGACUUGACAACUGUCAUGGACGAUUGUUAGGUACUGGUAGGAGUUAUUUAUUAGUGCAGGCCUCUUAAAACGGCUUAUUUUCCUUUAAUAUGUUACAACAUCCUAAAUAAUAACAGAAUACAACUUUUCCCUGAGCAUUACAAUUUCAUUUAUUAUUGCAGAAAUUUUGUUGAAGUCUUACUUGUAGAUAAGAAUACUAGUCAUUUGAAAAUAUUGUGAUUAUGGUGAUAAUGGCAUAUCGUGUUUUAUUAGUCUUCAUUUUAGCAAUAAUAUGUGUAAGCACAGAGGAAGAAGCUGCUUCUCGAAUGUCGAAAUCAGAACGCCAGAGUUUAAGGGAGGAGGCACGAAAAAUGUUCUAUCAUGCAUACAACGCGUACAUGGAGAAUGCAUACCCUGCUGAUGAACUGAUGCCGCUAAGCUGUAAAGGACGGUGGAAGGGGAUAACACCAAGUCGAGGUGACAUGGAUGACGCUCUUGGAAACUUCUCUCUAACCUUGGUGGACAGCUUAGAUACGCUGGCUGUGCUAGGAGAUUUCUCAGAGUUCAGUCGCGCCAUCAAGCUAGUCAUCAAAGAUGUCACAUUCGACCAUGACAUUGUGGUCUCCGUGUUUGAAACUAACAUUAGGAUGCUCGGGGGAUUGCUAUCAGCCCACGUGUUAGCCACCAAAUUAAAGAACGAAGUGCCCGCCUUGCAGUGGUAUAAUGGAGAACUGCUUGCAAUGGCGGAGGAUUUGGGCAAGAGGCUUUUGCCUGCCUUUAAUACGUCCACUGGGAUACCACAUGGAAGAAUAAAUCUUCGCCAUGGUAUGCGAGGGAUGUCGGAGUCCCGAGAGACGUGCACGGCGUGUGCUGGCACUAUGAUCCUCGAGAUGGCAGCAUUGUCGCGAUUAACUGGCAACCCCGUCUACGAGCAAAAGGCACAUAAGGCUAUGGACAGGCUGUGGAAGAUUAGGCAUAGGACCUCAGAUCUGAUGGGCACUGUCAUUAACAUACACUCCGGUGACUGGGUUCGCAAGGAUGCUGGAGUCGGCGCUGGCAUCGACUCCUACUACGAAUACUGCCUCAAGGCUUACAUCUUACUUGGCGAUGAGAAAUACCUGGCCAGGUUCAACAGACACUACAACGCCGUCAUGAAGUACAUUAGCAGAGGUCCAGUUAUGUUGGCUGUUCACAUGCACAGACCUCAUUUGCAAUCCCGGAACUUCAUGGAUGCUCUGCUCGCGUUCUGGCCUGGUCUUCAAGUGUUGCUCGGUGACGUCAGACCGGCCGUCGAAACACAUGAAAUGCUUUACCAAGUCAUGCAACGGCAUACCUUCAUUCCUGAAGCUUUCACUUCUGACUUCCAGGUGCAUUGGGGUCAACAUCCGCUCAGGCCAGAGUUUUUAGAAUCCACUUAUUUCCUCCACCGCGCUACUGAAGACGAUCAUUACCUUCAAGUAGGAAAGACAGUACUUAAAGCGUUGCAGCAGUACACCAGGGUGCCUUGUGGGUACGCGGCCGUUAACGAUGUAAGGACACGUAACCACGAGGACAGAAUGGACUCCUUCGUGUUAGCCGAGACCUUCAAGUACCUCUACAUGCUCUUCGGCGAAGACAAAGAUAUCCCCGUCAAGCUGGAAGACUACGUACUAACCACCGAAGCUCACUUCCUACCAUUAUCACUGGCAACAGACGGUAAAAAUACCUCACAAUUGACCUUAAAAAUUGACGAUGAGGAUGACGACAAAUAUAGAAAGACAUGUCCUAAUACAGCGUCGUUGGUAGCGGAGAAGGUACGGCGUCCGAUGCGCCAAUUGCUUGGAUCGACGUCGGCGCGCCCCCCCGCCCGCCUGCGCCCGCUCAACGACCCGCGACAGAUACACACGCUGUCCGACAUGGGAAUAUCAGUCCUGACCCUCCCAGACGGUAGAGUCCAGUUGCUCUACACUACUUCGACGGCCAAGUCUGCAAAGGAUGCCGCGGAGGGUCUUACGUUUAUGCGUGAAAUGUCAAAGUGGAAUUCCAUGAGUGAUAUAGAGAACGGCGUAGUGCCAGCAGGAGUGAAAAUCAAUGAUAAGAUUUUCCCCGCUGGUCCGGGACAUUUCGGUAAAGAGAUCUCUGCCAAUAACCAGUACAUCAACUCCGUCGCCUUCGUCAUUCCACUCGAUGCCUGCUCACCCAUUGAAAACAAAAAAGACGUCGAAGGCAAAUUUGGCGUAGCCAAACGAGGCCAAUGCACUUUCGCUCAAAAAGUACGUCAUAUGCAAAACGCUGGUGUUACUCUGGCUAUAAUCAUCGAUAACGUACCAGACUCAACGCAUGAGAGUACUGCCUUGUUCGCGAUGUCCGGCGACGGGAAAGAUGACAUUGAAAUACCCGCCGUGUUUCUAUUCUCACAAGAGGGACGCUUCCUCACAGAUGCAUACCUGGAUAAACCAGAGAUGUCAGUCACUGUGGGCGAGUUGAAAGCUCUUAAAGCACAAUAUGAAGACGUAUGCGACGAUGGUAAUUGUGAAACUGUGUUGGAAACUCCAAACGUGUCAAAUGACAAGGAAUCGUUCGAACACCUUAAAAAAGUCCUGAGUCAGCUGGCGACGCAGUUCGAGUUGUCAUUAUCGAAUGAUGAUCAGAAAAGUUGCAGUGACGAAUCAAAGGACGUUGUUUUUAUAAAGGACAAGUACACUAGUGAAGACGGUAGCAUAGAGGGCCCUCCUAGUUGUUCGGUAAAGAGUGACACAAACAACUCGGAGCAAGCGAGCAAACCAGUUGUUAAGGACGACUCAGAAGAUAAAGAGGACAAGUCUGAUAAAAAGGCAGAGGACGGUUUUUGACCAUUGGAAGUUCGCAUUAUGCAAAGGAUCGAUACAAAACUGACGGUAACUUUGCCUUACAUUAUGUGAUGGUUCUAAGUGAAGCGCUGUAACAAAACUCAGGCAUUGUACUUGCGGCUAGCAACAUAUACUCAGUGAUACUGUCACUCAAGCUCGGUACCCAGAUUUUUGUAUAAGUUAUAAAGUCUGAACUUCUAUAUUUUAGGCAUUGAUAAAGUAUAGGAAACGUCUGUAAUUCCGGUUAGGGAUUUAAUUCAUAACUUGUCAACUCUUGUACAACAGGAACCAAGAGAACUACCAACCGAACUUAGAAUUUAUACUUGUUAUCCUAAAUAGAUUGUCAAUGUAUAAUAAAUAUUAGUUUAAAAUUCAAUAUACCUAAUCGUAUCAUAAUAUUAUACUUUAUACAUAUACCUAUAAUAAUAUUGAUAGCCGUACACGACUUGCAAAUUAUAGUGAUCAAUCAAAAUACUAGGCUCAAGUGUUUUGAUGAUGAAUGUUAUAUAAUUUAACUUAUUUACAAAUAGAUUUUUUAAUAUGUUUUAUUAUCAAAAACACGUGUUGUCAAUUCUAUUUUGAUGUGCAUCUACUGGUCAGUGUGGCCUAAGAACUAAGAACAAAAGAAAUAGCUAGGCCAACUUGAUAAUAUCGCUUGAACAAUCAUUCUUUACAGGCUCGGUCGCAGUUACGUAUGUGGCAAUUUCAAUAUUUGUUGGACCAAUGCAUCAAAAAAUAUUGUACCACCUCUUUUAUAAUUUAAUCAACAACCAUUUUUUUUUAUUUAUCUAAUAAUUUUUUUUUUAUAUUACGUCGUUAAUAGUGUCUUAUCCUUUUUUUGUUACUUAUACUCUUCGUACUGCUUUCUGCAUGAAGAUAUGUUUAUUUUUAUUUAUACUAUAUACUAUCAUUUAAGUCGUGCAAUAAUAUACUUAAUAUCGAAACAGAGUGUAUAUUAUGAAUACCGGCCAAGCCAAGUGAAAUUAUUAAAUGAAAUAUGUUUUUUUAUACAAUUUAUGUAGUGUAAUUAAUAGAAAACACGUUAGUGUCAGUACAACUACAAUGUGAUGUAAAUACUACAAUGACUACAGACUUACAUUUAAAUUACAUCCUAACAUCAGUGUCAUGUAAAUAAUAUAUAAGUAGUCUGUAUUUGUACUACUAUGUAUAAACCGUCUGUACAUAUUGUUCGUAAGGUAUUUUAUUUGCCAUUUCAUAAAGGAUGGGUAUGGUGACGUUUGACAGUUGAACUUAUUACAUGUGUGUACAAAAAUAUAAAAAUGAUGUCAUUAAUUAUUCAUUUCUUUACAAAAUAGCAUAUCUCUGUUUUCAAUUUUGUACUAGGCUCUCUUUAUUCCUUGUUAAUUUUCUACAUAAAAAUCUCUUAAAUACAAACAGUCAAUCAUAAUGUAUAAAAAAAUAACAGUCAAUCAUCGAAUGAGGGGCAGUAUUACCACUGAAAGAAUUAAACUUUAAAGAUUUUAAAGUUGCAAUAAUUAUUGGGCUAUUGGGUUUUAAAAAAUUAACUACUAAACGGAUGACCUCGAAUGCCACCACACCCUUGCUAUGUGAAAUGGACUACAAUUAUAAAGAUUUUCCGUGCCUUUCAAACUCUUAUGUUCCCUCUGUUUAUGCACAAUGAUGAACAGGGGUAAACUAUACUUAUAUCAUUUAUUUUUACUUAAGUAUUCACUGUUUAAAAUGAAGGUUUUAUAAAUAUCUUUUAAAGGUUUUUAUUAUUUUGUUUUAGUACCAUAAAUCUGUAAAUAAAUUCGUGUUACUUUUAA